GUUUUAGAAGAUGGAAGACACUCUUAUUACUUGGAUGGUAAAAAGCCCAGCGAGUCAAACUGGAUGAGAUUUGUGAACUGUUCUCGGUCUGAGGAUGAGCAGAGUGUGACAGCCUACCAGUAUAAGGGUGAAAUCUAUUUCAGGGCUCACAGGCACAUCUUUGCUGGCAACGAGAUUCUA